ACAGGUACCGUUAUGGAUUUAUUACGCUUUAGCAAGGCGGAGGCGGUAUUGAGUUUAUAGCCUGGCGGACGUCUUUGAAUCGUUGUUUGUUUACGGUCCUCGAUUUUAAUUGUCUCGUCGUCGCCUUGGCCGAAGCUGAACCGGUUUUGAACUUGUCCGUCCGUUGCAAAUUGCAGUUUUGUGCCUGGUCGUGGAGCGACAACAGACCCACCAAAUUCUCAGCUGGAAGACGGCAGGAGCAAACCGCGACGCUCCGCACUCCGAACCAAAACUUUAGGUUCCCUUGAUGACAUUAUUCAGAGUGACGCCGAUGAUAUCUGGUAAAUCCAGUACACAUCUACUGCUGCUACUUUAUGCACAAGUCGUACGGAAAUAGAAGCACGUACGAGAGAUAUUACUAUAUAAGCGAUUCGGUCACAUGUCCAUUGAAGACUAACCCGUCUGAUCAUCAUGAAUAUUGACUUGUUCCUUCUGUGCGUGUUCUUGUUGGCCCAUACAUCAGUAGCCCAGGUCGGCAGGAAUUGCAAAUUCGAGUACACGGGUCUGCCGGGGAUUUGUAAGUUAAGCUCGGACUGUCCGUUGGCAAAGAAGCAGAGCCAGCAAGGUAUUCGUCCCACAAUUUGCGGCUAUGCCCAAAACAAUUUGCCCAUCGUUUGCUGUGAAGGUCAACUGGAAGUGAACGAAUUUUCGUUGUUGAACUUCGAAUACCCGACAAGUAACGAAGACAUUGUUUAUCCAGGAGACAACGCAAACAGAAAUAAAAUUAGCAUCAGCGAACAAAAAUGCAACGAAUAUAGUAAAUCCAUAAGUGGAGAGUUUCAAAUUUUACCUCUGAUUGCCGGUGCUUUACCGACGAACGUGAAUAUCACAACUUGCGACUUUGAUGGAGUUGCGCUUAUUGUGGGGGGAAGUCCUGCGCAGCUUGGGGAAUUCCCUUUCAUGGCAGCCAUCGGUUACCAGGAUUCUGACGAAGUGAAAUGGUAUUGCGGGGGUACUCUCGUAAGCGAUAGAUAUGUGAUAACCGCAGCUCAUUGCACCUACCACAGAACUCUGGGCUCCCCGGUGAGGGUCCGAUUGGGAGAGCUAGAUUUAGCCAAAGACGACGAAGGCGCGUCACCGGUUGAUUACGAUAUUGACAAUAUUAUCAGUCACCCUGGCUAUAAACGCAGCCAAAAAUACAAUGACAUUGCCUUGAUGAAACUCGGCAAGAAGGUGCAGUUCAACAAGUAUAUUAGACCAGCCUGUUUAUGGAGCAGUCCAGAACUUAAGCAACCCACGGCAUUCGCAACGGGCUGGGGUCUCACAUCCUUAGGCGGCGAUUCAAGCGAUGUUCUGCAAAAAGUGUCUUUAAAUAUUAUACAAAAUAACCACUGUCAGAAGGUCUACAACAACUCCAGAGGCUUGCCUAAUGGUGUUUUGGACAAUAUGAUAUGCGCAGGUGAAUUGACUGGAGGAAAAGACACAUGCCAGGGCGAUUCAGGUGGACCGCUAUUUGUGACUAAGAAGGAUAACCAAUGCGUAUUUUAUUUAGUGGGAAUUACGUCUUUCGGAAAAAGUUGCGCAGUCAACAAUACACCUGCUAUUUACAGUAAAGUCGCUUCGUUCGUCAAGUGGAUAGAAGAAACAAUUUGGUGAAACAGUCGACAAAGUCUACAGGACUACAGAACAAUCCAAUACGCUACUACUACUAAUUACUAUUUAAGAGAACACUAAACAAACUAAACUUAGCGCAGUUUAUUGCAAUUAAGGUGAUCUGUUUUCACUAAUCACUGCUUAUAUCGAGCGCGAUGAGCGGGAUUUUGGUUAGGUGUUUUGUUGUUC